GGAAAGUUGAGGAAAACCGGUGAUUCGGGCUGAGUAAGAGACAAUAACAAGGUUUCAUUUUUCAAGAGGCACUGACGACCAUAGAACUCUCCGAAAACGAUGGCAGAACAAGACACACAGGGGGUUAAAGGAGUAUUAGAGCGACUGAAGGAAAACAUUGCGAAACUUCAACCUUCAUUUGAAGAAGUUGUUGCCGAGCAGGCCGAGAUGUUGAUUGGUGACGAGAGGAAAAAACUCCGAAAAGAAUAUAAAGCCGAGUGCAAGGAUUUCCUGCGCGAGCUGAAAGAAGUGAAAAGCGAAACAGAGGGGUGUAUCACUGAUAUUGACAGAAAUACUCGGAAGUGUAUUCAUGAGGUCAAUCGGGAGAUGGACGAAAAAUUCAGAGUUGUUAUUCGUCGAGAAAGGCUUAAGAGGAGUAAAGAACUUGACGAAAUCAGAGUAGAAACUAAAAAUAAUACCCUCGCUGAACUCUUCAACCCGUGCAAUAAAUAUCAAGUCAUGAAAAUUUCUGUAAGUUCGGAUUUUGUUUCGAAGAGCGCGCCGAGAUGCGCAAGUUGUGGUAAAGAGAGCGUAUGGUUGUGUUUCUGCGGAGGUUGCAAAAUUACCAGAUAUUGCGACGAAAAAUGCCAGGAAGCUGACUGGGAGAACCACAAGAACACCUGCAUAGGAUUAAAUAGUAACUAAGAGAAAGAGAAAGCUAUGUAACUUUAA